AUGCUCAACCAAAGGCGCGUUUAUUGCUGGAAAGCGCACAAUUCUCUCGCCCUUCAACAGAUGAACAUCCAGCUAGCCGUUAGGGAGUACGCGCGGAACCAAUUGGACGUUGUCAUAAGAGAGACAGGUAAACCCUUGUGGACGCAUACCACUCUAGAGGAUCUGCGGAAAGAGGAUCCCUUGGUGCGGCUCGGGCGCAAGGAUGCACUCGUCAAGAGAUUCCCGGGACUCUUGUCAGGUCCACACGGCGCGUCUUUGCGAGAUAAUGCAUGGUUACCCAUCACCGUUAUUCGAAUGACGUUCUCUCGUUCCGAGCUUGAAACGCCCUAUGACACAGACCUAGAGAUCUGCACUGUAUAUUGGCGACAUCCCAUGCAACUCAUCGCCCUCUCCUUCUAUAAUAACCACAUCGACAAAAGCGCCAUCAUCGAGCAUUUUGUGGUUGACGGAGCGUCGACUCCACUUUUCAGCUCUGCGCAGAGCAGCAGUCGAACAGGGGCCAGCUUCAUUGCCGCCAGUCAACGUAUCUUCCAGGACAUUGAAGCAUCGACGAAGAAUGCAGGGCCAGUUAUCAAGUCCUUGAAGACAGGAGUAUCAUUCAGGGUUGGACACACAAUCGGCGAAUUGCAUUGGCGCCAGAACGAAGGGAUGGAACCCCAGGUCCAAGUGAGGGUCAAUGACUUGACGCCAGUCAGUCUGACUGCACUGAGAGCAUCACCGAACGGAAACGAAGGUACGCAAUCCCUUUCAGCAGAUUGGGAUACCUUCGGCGAAAUUAUCGCUCAUAUGCUGUCAUCCAAAGCCAAGCGUACGCGGGAGAAGACAAUCAUCGACCUGUACGAGCUUCGCGCCAAAUUGUCCAUGUCCACAAAGCUAGUGGGCAAGUGUACCGAACCAUCUCACGAAUCCUCGUUUAUCACGAGCGACGAGGUUGUCGUGACCGUCGUUGGGCUUCCCAGCACAUUGACUCCGGAGUCGGUCUUCUCUGGUGUCUUCGGCUUCAUCUUACCGCUUCGGGUUUGGCGCAUUUCCGCUGGCGGGCGCCAUUGUCCGACCAUUCAGUUCUACAAGCCGGCGUUGUCGCCACCUGUCAUGGGUAGCGCGGCCGAAAAGCCCGCGUUCUACCACAGAUAUCUCCUCGUUCCGGAUGGCAUCAUUCUUAACAGGCUAGGUCUAAAUUACAUAGGCGACCUGCUGAUUACGGACGACAAAAGAGCCGUAGUUACCAGUGGGCCCUUGUUCGCUGAGUUCAAGCACUACCUCUCAGCUGCCAUGGAUAGAACUAUUAGGUCCAAAUCAGACCUUGCAUCAGAAAUCGCUCUGGAUAUCCUGACCGACAAUGGCCUUGCUGAGACAUCCUUGAGCCGCAUCCUUAGCCCACUCGAUGAGAAUGAUUCUGACGCAUAUCGUACCGUGUUCUGCAAGGCGUUCUUGGUCCUCGAUAAAAUAUCAUCGCCAGAUACGCCGAUAUAUCCUUUUGCAACGGAGGGUGAGGACUUGAUCAAGGAGCUGGGGAUGACUGCUAUCCAGGUCUCGACUCAUAUUCGAGCAAUCCUAAAAAAAUCAGGCGCAUUUCCUGACAUUCAGACAUACGCUACAUCAUUGCUCCUGCAGGCACCUGUCUGUGGGGAUGACAUUCCCUACUCUGAUUGCUUGCGUAGAGCACUUGCAGAUCUCACACAGACAGCUGGUGUCUUGUCGAUUCGCCAGUACUGUUUCUCCUAUCCGACCAUUGUCUGGGAUAAGGAGAGCGGGACUUUCGUGUCUGGUAUUCCUGCGCACUGUGAUGUCCACCCAGAUACAUCCUGCGCAUGUUGGGUCGGCCCCUAUCUCCAUGACGCUAUAUCUAGUUGGGAAUCAGGAGCAUCUCGCAAACCCAUUUCUAAAGCAGCAUUAUUCCGUGUAUAUUCGCAAUAUGUCCAGCAUAUCAAAAUGGGGAACAUUGCGACGGAGCAAACUACCUCUCGGAGGCUGUCUACCGGCCCACGACUUGCUACGGAGGACAACGGCAGUGAUUCACUCGAGUAUAUUGAUCCUGACACUGCUCCAUUGCUUGAUGAAUUUGUCGCUUUCCGUCCUCCUCCACUGUCUACAUCCAAUUCGACGACUGUGGUGGCUGAUGGCUCACAUCUGUCGCCUACAUUUCUCAGUAAUCUCGGACAUCAAGGAGGCAAUCCAAAAAGCCCUCCAAUUAUUGCUGAUGAAAAUGAUACUUUCGUCGGUAUGGAUGCACUGCUGCAGGAUGUGCGAUCUCGCGUCCUGUCCUACGUCCGAGCGAACACUGCAAAAGAGCGCCAAGACACGCAUAGAAGAGUCGAAGAGCUCCGUGCCGAGAUAACAGACCUUCAGUUGCUCGCCACACAGCACCGCAGCGAGCGUGAAAAUCAAUUGCAGGUGUUAGAGACGAAGGAGCGCGCGAUUAUGGAACGCGACUUACUCCUCGACCAGAGGCAUGCCGCUCUACAGGAGAAGGAUGGGCGCCUUGCACAGCUGAAACAGUCGUUGCGCGCUCUGAGCCGGCGGAACCAGAAAUUGGAGGCCGACGUGAAGCAUCUGGAAGAGCGCGACCGUGAGCGUACGCGGAAGCUGCAGGAGGAGCUCGCUGGGCUGCAGCAGCGCUUAUCGUUCGUUUUCGACAAGCGCGAGGACAUGGAGGAUGGCGAAGCGGAGGAGCAGGAUGAGCCACCGCGUAAAAGGCAGCGUGCUUGA